UCAUCAACCAAAAGUCGGGCCAGUUACAAAGUAAUCUAUGAAAGGGUAUAAGUACAAAAGCAAGUAUCGGGCUUCUCUUUUUAUCGCGUAUGAAUAUUUCCCAUGAAGCAUUUGUCAACUUCCUUUUUCGCGUCAGAAAGUGAGGCAAGAUGACCCAGAAGCGCAGGAACAAUGGUCGCUCCAAGAAGGGACGCGGACACGUGAAGUUUGUCCGCUGCACCAAUUGUGCUCGUUGCGUUCCCAAGGACAAGGCCAUCAAGAAAUUUGUCAUCAGAAACAUUGUAGAAGCAGCAGCUGUUCGGGAUAUAUCAGAUGCCAGUGUUUAUGAAGUCUAUGCCCUGCCCAAGCUGUAUGCCAAGCUGUUGUACUGCGUGUCCUGUGCUAUCCACUCAAAAGUGGUGCGCAACCGUUCACGUGAGGCCAGGAAAGAUCGAACCCCUCCGAUUAGGUUCCGACCGAUCAGGGAGGGAGCAGGUCCAAGAGCUGGAACUGGUGGACAGCGUUGAGAGAUAGACAGAGAGAAAUAAACUUUUGUCCACACAUU